AUGAAGUGGAAGGCGGCUGUUCUCACCUGCAUCCUUCAGGUGCAGUUCCCAGGAGCAGCGGCACAGAGCUUUGGUCUGCUGGACCCCAAACUCUGCUACCUGCUAGAUGGAAUCCUCUUGAUCUACGGAGUCAUUGUCACCGCCCUGUACCUGAGAGCAAAGUUCAGCGGAAGUGCAGACGCUGCCGCCUACCAGCAGGGUUCCAACCAGCUCUACAACGAGCUCAACCUAGGCCGAAGAGAGGAAUACGACGUUUUGGAAAAGAAGCGGGCUCGGGAUCCCGAGAUGGGAGGCAAACAGCAGAGGCGGAGGAACCCCCAGGAAGGCGUGUACAACGCAUUGCAGAAAGAUAAGAUGGCAGAGGCCUACAGUGAGAUCGGGAUGAAAGGCGAGAGGCGGAGAGGCAAGGGCCACGAUGGUCUUUACCAGGGGCUCAGCGCUGCCACCAAGGACACCUAUGAUGCCCUGCAUAUGCAGACCCUGCCCCCUCGCUAACAGCCAGGGGAUUUCCCACUCACAGGCCCCACCUGAUGACAUCAAUUGUGAAGGACGGAGACAAAGCAUUUACAAUUCAGUUUAUUAAUUUCGCAGUCACCGUUUUACGAAGAGGACGAUUCCAGUCAUCACGUUUUUCUUCUACAGCUCCAAAGCGCCCUACACAGAAUGUCAUCCCUGGACUCUUUAAAGGGAGAGUCCCUCUCAGUCUCAUACCACAGCCCUGUUCUUGGGUCUUCUGGCAGGCCCCUCUCACUGCAGAGCCAAGCCCUAGCCAGGGGUCGGGGGUGGGGCAUUACCAUACUUCCUCUCAUAGCUGAGUUCAGUUUGCUUUGUAAAAUCCCCAGAGAAGCCCCGGGUACUGUGUGUGUAUUGUUCCAGUGGUAUUGACUUGCUUCGCUCCUGCUGUAAAAUCUGGCUUCUGUUGUCAUCCUUCCCAGUGGCAAGAUAACAUGUAAUUAGGCCACAUUGUGAAAGGUCUGAGGGGGCCCUGGCAAGUGUCAGUGGUGGCUGAAAGGGAAGCCACAUGCAGGGGAGCAGUUACAAGGGGCCUCCUUCCAUCCUUUCCAAAUCUCCUUACCAUUGUGCCAGGUAUCCUGGGAGUAACGAAAAGAUGCUUUACCUUCAUGGAUACCAUGCUCUUAGAGCGCAAAUGGUUUGCGCACAUAGAGGCAUGGAAAGCAGGAUGUCAUCACUGACAAUGAACUAAGCCAAGUGGGUGAGAGAAAAUGAGCAAGUCCCACCUUCUUCCAGGGACUCCGCUCAACCCCUCUUGAGUGGCAGGAAGACCCAGACCACCCAGGUCUGCAGGUACAAUGACAGACUCAGUCAGUAGACUGCAACCUCAUGGUAUAAUUAAAGUGCCUGUGCCCAUGGAUAGAGAACCUGCUGAUCUCCUGGGUUUUAACUUAUACUGGCUUGCUAAAUAAA